AUCAUCAUCAUUAUACAGUACAGUACAGUACUGCCUCGACAAGGCUCCUGACCACACAGGCAUUUAUCAGCUCCUCAUUUUUUUUUCUAAAAAGAAGAAAUGUCCGAGAAGGACCCAAAAUCAUCUCAGGACCUUACUGUUGUGGUGCAAACCUUGCUGCAGCAGAUGCAGGACAAGUUUCAGACCAUGUCAGAUCAGAUAAUUGGGAGAAUUGAUGAGAUGAGUACGCGAAUCGAUGACCUGGAGAAGAACAUCUCUGAUCUCAUGACUCAGGCAGGUGUGGAGGAGUUGGAGGAGGAGAUAAAAAACAGUGAAACCUCUGGAACAGCUUGAAGGCAAAUGAGAUCAACACCAUCCUAACUGCCAAGGAACACAAUGAGGACCUUCAACUGCAGUAUCUGAAUUUUUAAAUGAAAUGUGAAUUAGUAAUUUUUUAAAUAACGACUUGGUGCUUGCUAAUGUGAAUUAUAUAUUAUACUACACACUGUAAGGUUAAUAACUAUAUUACUAGAAGACUAUACAAAUAUGACACUUGCUUUUGUAUUCAUUUAUUGUAAUGACUGGGGGAAAUCAUGUGGUUCCUGCAUGUUUUACUGAUUAUUAAAAACCCAUGAAAUCCU